GUCAGCCCGUAAGCUUCGGGUAAUAAAUGUUGCUGUUCCCCGUUGGAACCCUGGCCUGUCAGUCCCUGAACGAGAUUCAACACUGGCGACGAGGGUGGGACGACAAAAUCGAGAAGCAGCGAGCAGUCGGUUGAAGCGACAAUGCAGUCUGCAGGGCAGCUGGGCCAGAUGGAGUCGUUCGACGUUACUGAAAGCGACUGGACGGCAUACAAGGAGAGGUUGACAUCUUUUUUGAUUGUCAACAAGGUUCCCGACAGCGACAAGGUACACGCAUUCCUCAGCAUCAUCGGACCGCGUACGUAUGGGUUUCUGAAGUCUUUGGCUACGCCGGACCUGCCGUCGGAAAAAAGUUUCGAACAACUGAAGAGCCUCUUGGAUGCACAUCUUGCCCCAAAGCCGUCCAUAAUCGGGGAGCGAGCGAAGUUUUACCGAAGAACACAGAGCGAAGGCGAGUCUCUGCCCGAAUAUGUUGCGGAACUUCGGAAGUUGGCCCAGAGUUGUCAGUUUGGAGCGAAUUUGGACGAAGCGCUGCGGGAUCGUUUCGUUUGUGGACUACUGCGAGAGGACGUGCAGCAAGUACUCUUUACCGAGGACGACAAACUGACGUUCGCGAAAGCAGUCGAGCGCGCCCUGGCAAUGGAAGCAGCCCGGAAAAAUGUCGCCGAGACUAGAGUCGGGGAGUCAAUGACCACACAGCUGCACCAAAUGGAGGGAGAAGGUAAUUAUGCCCCUGCUGAUCUGUACGAGGCGCAAGCGAUUGCCGGUAGGCAGCUACAGGCUUGUUAUCGCUGCGGUUCUCAGAGCCACACGCAUUCACGAUGCCCGUACGUUAAAGAGACGUGCUAUAAGUGUGGAAAGAAAGGGCACAUUCAAAGGGCCUGUCGCAGCAACAGGCAAUCUUUUGGCGGGCAUCAGCAGAAACGGAGUGUGAAAACGCUGAAAGUGGUGACGCAGGUGCCACCCAUGGGCGUUUCGGAACAUGUGUCGUCUCGUCGCACUCCUAUUUUUGUUGGACUAAAGAUAAAUGGAGCACUGGUGGAAAUGGAACUUGACACGGGAGCCGCGGUGUCUAUCAUGCCUUACAAGCAGUUCAAGCAGCAGGUCCCUUCAGCUAGCUGCGAACCAACCGACAUCGUCCUGCGCACCUAUACCGGAGCCCUCGUCCAACCUUGCGGCGUGGCGGUCGUCAGUGUGCAGCACGGCGAACAGAUGGCGAAACUACCACUCUACCUUGUCGAUCAAGCAGGACCACCGCUGCUAGGGCGUGAAUGGCUGCACACAGUACGGCUAGACUGGAACCAGAUUUGGGGCCUCAACCACGUCUCAAGGUCAGUGUUCGACUUGUCUUCCCGAAUGAAGGAAAGGCUAGAGACGUUGCUUGCAAAAUACAAAAUGCUGUUCAAGGAUGAGCUAGGCGCUAUCACAGACGAAAAGGCCGAGCUGUUUUUCAAAGCCGACCACCGGCCGAGAUUCCUAAAAGCAAGGAAUGUGCCAUUCGCAUUGCAGUCCGCAGUAGAAGCAGAGAUAGAAAAAUUGGUUCAGCUGGGAAUACUCACACCCGUGAAUACAUCAGAAUAUGCCACGCCCGCCGUCCUUGUGAUAAAGAAAGAUGGAAGCAUACGCCUAUGUGGGGAUUAUAAGACAACGAUAAAUCCUUCACUGGACAUCACACACUAUCCGCUGCCUAAAAUCGAUGAUCUAUUGGCUGCGUUGGCCGGGGGAAUGCAUUUUACUAAGAUAGACCUCAACAGGGCAUACCAACAAGUACUCAUGGCGGAAGAGUCAAAGAAGUACCUAACUUUGAACACGCAGAAAGGGCUGUUCGUAGUCAACAGGCUACCUUUCGGAAUACCGUCAGCGCCAGGUAUUUUUCAGAAAAUAAUGGACACAAUGCUGAAGGGCCUAAACGGAGUUUGUUGUUAUCUUGAUGACAUAUUGGUCACGGGAAAAAACGCUGAAGAACACAUGAUAAACCUAGAAGCACUCUUGAGACGUUUGCUGGAGCGAGGCGUCAGAAUAAAGAAAGAAAAAUGUGCGUUCUUCCAAAAGGAGCUCUGUUACCUGGGGCACAAAAUCAGUGCAGCAGGAAUAUCUGCGUCACCAGAGAAAAUUGAAGCAGUCAUAAACGCUGCCGCACCGACAAACAAGCAGCAACUGCAGUCCUUUCUAGGUGUCGUGAAUUACUAUGGAAAGUUUGUGCCUAAUCUAUCAACAGUUGCUGCGCCCUUUUACCAGCUUUUACGGAAGGACGCGCCUUGGUGCUGGGACGAGUGCUGCCGAGAAGCGUUCAAAGAAGUUAAAAGAACGUUGUCAUCGCCGCAGGUGCUGGCCCAUUACGACCCGGAUAGACCAUUGAAGCUGGCCUGUGACGCAUCGCAGUACGGGGUAGGUGCAGUGCUUUCCCAUGUUUGUGAGGACGGGAAGUCUAGACCAGUUGCUUUUGCUUCGCGCACGCUUUCCGAAGCAGAGAAGAAAUAUAGCCAGCUUGAAAAAGAGGCGUUGGCCAUAAUCUUUGGCAUAAAAAAGUUUCAUUGCUCUAUUUAUGGCCGAGCAUUCACUUUAAUCACUGAUCAUAAGCCCUUACAGCAAAUUUUGGGGCCAACAACAGGUAUCCCGCCGAUCGCGGCUGCGCGCCUACAGCGGUGGGCUGUGACGCUGUCGGCAUACAGAUACGACCUUCUUUUUAAAAACUCAGCCGAUAACGCAGAAGCCGAUUUUUGUUCCCGUUUGCCGCUACCAUGCGUGAAAGACGAAACGCAGGAAUCUGAAGAGACUUUCUAUUCAUUGCGGCUGGCCUCUCUACCAGUGUCGAGCAAAGGGAUUGCGCAUGCCACAGAGCAGGAUAAUGACCUGGUGAAAGUAAAAGAGUGCAUAAGCACAGGCUGGCCAAGAUUUGUCAGUGAUGAUAGACUGAAACAGUACUUCGCCAGACGCAAUCAACUGACAUUGCAUCAAGGAUGCAUUAUGCUGGGAACACGAGUCGUCAUUCCCGCAAAGCUGCAGAGGGCAGUUCUGGACGAAUUACACGAGGGUCACCCAGGUAUAGUUCGCAGCAAGGCGCUAGCACGUAGUUACGUCUGGUGGCCGUCCAUCGAUGGGGACCUUGAGCGUAUGGUGAAAUCAUGUGCAGAUUGCCAAGAACAGCGCAGUGCCCCUUGCAAAGCUCCGUUGCACCCGUGGUCCUGGCCCUCAGCGCCGUGGCAACGCAUACAUAUAGAUUUUGCAGGGCCAUUUCAACAGUCAAUGUUUCUUAUAGUGGUCGAUGCUCACUCGAAGUGGCCAGAAGUAUUCCUGAUGCGUUCAACUACAACAGAUGCCACGAUUGAGUGCUUAAGAGAUGUUUUCGCUCGUUUUGGGUUCCCUGAGACGAUUGUGUCAGAUAACGGCCCACAGUUCACGUCACAGGAGUUCAAGCAGUUCGUAAGGGAGAUGGGUUGCCGACACGUGCAAACAGCCCCCUACAAUCCCAGUGCCAAUGGACUCGCGGAGCGUUUCGUCCAAACCCUGAAGAACGCGCUAAAGAAGGAUGACGCACGACAACCAAUGAAGGUAAAGCUCAACAAGUUCCUGCUCGCUUAUCGCAACACGCCCCAUGCUACAACGCACGAGGCACCAGCUAACUUGUUGUUGGGGCGACGUUUGCGCACCCGCCUGGAUGUGCUCAAACCCGCCGUGGGGGAAAGGGUGGCGUACGAACAGUUCAAACAAACGGUGAACAGACGGUGUCGUGUGCGCGAAGUGAGUGUUGGUGACCACGUUCUUGCACGCAAUUACAGGGGACAGCCCAAAUGGAUGCCUGCGGUGGUGACUGCUCAAAGUGGACCAGUGUCUUUCAGGGUACGAGCAUCGACACCUUCGGGAUGCUUCGAGUGGCGGCGCCACAAGAACCAGCUACUGCAAGGCACGGCAGGGCUUGCCGAAAACGCCGCGCAAGACGACGGUUUCUCCGUGUGGCCACAGAGCGACACCGAGCCGGAGCCAGCACCUUCAUUGCCUGCAGCUAGUGUUUCGCCUUCACCAACGACGUCGGUGACGGACACUUCUCGAGGCGACCAGGAUCGACGCUACCCAUUAAGGAAUCGCCGACCACCGGAUCGUUUCUGAGAGGGAACUAUGAGCUUCAUAAUAAAAGCAGAGGAAGUGUUGUGUCCGCGAUAGCUCACCUGAUAACCGAACUGUCGUUAGUGCGCAUGUGCCCACUAGUGCUUAAAUGGUAGCGCUCAAUGCAC